CUCCCCUCCCUCCUCCCAGACCGCCGGGGGCCGGCACUGCGGCGAAGGCAGUGGAGAAGGAGGCGCGCGGCGCCCGCCUCCACUGCUCGGAGCCGGAGGCGCAGCGAGGCACUACUGCCAGCCCGGCGGGAGGCCGGCCCUGGCCCCGCGAGGUGGCCCUUUCCUGCACAGCGGUGGCAGCGGCAGGCAGGAUGACGGCGGAGGAGAUGAAAGGGGACGGGGCUCCCUCGGAGGGGGUGGACAUCACCCCCAAGCGGGAUGAGGGCGUUCUUAAGGUUGUCAAGAGAGAAGGCAGUGGGACAGAGUCUCCGAUGCUAGGUGAUAAAGUGACCGUCCAUUACACAGGAUGGCUUCUUGAUGGCACAAAAUUUGACUCCAGUCUGGACAGGAGAGACAAGUUUUCAUUUGACUUGGGGAAAGGUGAGGUGAUUAAAGCAUGGGACAUUGCUGUGGCGACUAUGAAGAUCGGUGAAAUCUGUCGGAUUACAUGUAAACCAGAAUAUGCCUAUGGCUCAGCUGGGAGCCCCCCGAAGAUACCUCCAAACACUACACUGAUUUUUGAGAUAGAACUUUUUGAGUUCAAGGGAGAGGAUCUCACUGAUGAUGAAGAUGGUGGCAUCAUCCGAAGAAUCCGUAAAAAAGGGGAAGGCUACUCCAAGCCCAAUGAGGGUGCACUUGUAGAGAUCCAGUUUGAAGGCCGAUAUGGAGAUCGUGUUUUUGACAGGCGGGAGCUGCAGUUCGAGAUCGGAGAAGGUGACAGCUAUGAUCUUCCUCACGGUCUGGAGAAAGGAAUUCAAAGAAUGGAGAAAUUGGAGGAAUCUGUGUUCUAUCUCAAACCCAACUAUGGUUUUGGAAGUGCUGGGAAGGAGAAAUUUCAGAUCCCUCCAGAUGCAGAGCUGCAGUACGAAGUGAAACUUAAAAGCUUUGAAAAGGCUAGAGAGUCUUGGGAAAUGAACAUAGAUGAGAAGCUGGAGCAAAGCUACAUUGUGAAGGAGAGAGGCACUCAAUACUUCAAGGAGGGGAAAUACAAACAGGCAGCAUUACAGUAUAAAAAGAUUGUGUCAUGGCUGGAGCAUGAACCAGGACUCUCUGAUGAGGAGGAUACAAAAGCCAAAAGCUUGAGGCUUGCUGCCCACCUAAAUCUAGCUAUGUGCCAUCUCAAGCUGAAGGAAUACUCCCAGGCUUUGGAGAACUGCAACAAGGCACUCGAAUUGGACAGCAACAAUGAAAAAGGCCUCUUCAGGCGUGGAGAAGCGCACUUAGCAGUCAAUGACUUUGAAUUGGCCCGGGGAGAUUUCCAGAAAGUGAUACAACUUUAUCCAAGUAACAAAGCCGCCAAAGUGCAACUGGUAACUUGUCAGCAAAAAAUACGGGAGCAGCAUGAGAAAGAGAAGAAGAUGUAUGCCAACAUGUUUCAAAGGCUUGCAGACAGAGACUUAAAGAAUAGGUGUGGAGAACUGAAGCAAAAAUUUUUCAGAUUGUCAGCUGCUGCUUUUCAAACCAGCCACACUGAAGACGAAGAAAUGAAAGAUGAGCAGAAUGGAGUUGAAGAUAAAUCGGAAGUUGACACAGAAGCAUAAAAACAAACCCUAUUCCAUUAGUUUUGUAAAUGAAAGAAUUUCCAGUGAAUUAGACCUUUAUUUUUCUACCUGGUUGGACAGUGGCUUCAGGGGAGCAGAGGCUGAAGCCACCAUGCCACAGUCAAUUACAGCUUUAUAUGUCUGUUGAAGAAGCUGAGUGGCAGGAUAAAUCUGGUUUAAUCCUAGGGACUUUAUUUAUUCAUUCUGCCUCUGUUACUGUUUGGGUUCUGUCUGGAUUUGCUCUGCUUGGUUUAUUUGCAUUUUGCCAUUGGUGUUUGUCUCUUUCUGGUUCCAGCUCACUUUAAUCCCAGGGUCUGCUUCCUUAACUUACUUCCUUGAUUUCUUUCAAGUAAUCAGCCUUUUCCGUGAGUCCUCACAUGAGACUUGAGAACAAAUUGGCGCUCCCAGUUCUUCUGCCUUGGCAUUGCACCCUUCCCCCCUGUUCAGCAGGGAGUCCCUUCCAUUAAGUGUUGUAACCUUUCUUGUAUGCCUCCUCUUUGCAAAUUGCUGAAGGUGAAGACUGUGAAGUCACAGCUUAAAUAAUAAAGCUCCAAUUAAACUCAAAAAA